GCUUUUCAUCCACCGUCGUCCGAGGAACAUUAUUCUUCACAAAAUUUUUUUGACCAACAGCAGCAGUACAAUCAAGAACAACUUGAUGAGAUUCAAGAACAACUUAAUCCAUCUAAUAUAGUUCAACGUUUCCAAAUAUCCGAGAACAAUAAUUUUGCUUUUCAGGCCUUUGAUAAUAAUUCAAUUCUCGGAAAUUCUCUCCCUACUGAUUGGCCACAAAUUUAUGGGAAUGAUGAUAUGUGCGGAUUAGUAGAUAGUUCUAGUUUUCCUAACGGUGUCUUCGUUGAUGGUUUAAUACCCCAUAAUUUGGUUGCUGAUGGUAGUUCUUGGGUACUUAAUCAAAACCCUGGAUUUGUCAAGCAGGAAACUCAUUCUUCAUUAUCAAAUUCACCUUCUGAGGCUGAUUCUGAUCAAAAUAAUGUAUCAGUUAUGUCAAAUUCUAACGAUCAUGCUAGAUCUCAAACUCCUGGUCCUUUCCAUAAAACUAACAUUCCAAAUUAUUUGACCGCUCGUCGUCGAAGUUUAUCUGCUGAUAAUAUACAUGCUCUGGCAAAAGCUCAACAAUUAGCUAGCCGCAAGAUCCCAUAUCUCGCUCAUCAAAAUUCUGAACAAAUGUUAUUUCAAAGAUCUCAAACUAUGGGUUUUGAUCAACAUUAUAUAAAAAUGCAAGAAACUGGUAUCAAUCAGAACAUUUUACAUGUUGAUAAUCAAAAUACUAAUCAAAUUAAUGAUAAUGAUUCAGAUCAUAAUAAUUGUCAACAAAAUAAUUCUGAUACUAAUAGUCCAACACAACAAACUACAAAUCGUCCUCAACUUUCUCGUUCUGUUUCUCAUCAACAGAUUGGUCCAAUCAAUCAUGCCCAAAGACUCACCGAAUUUCAAGCUAGAUUUAAAGUAAAACUUGAUAAAAGAACUCAAAGGAGUAUGCCAAAUAUACAUGCCGCUGCUCAUGCCGCUAUGGCUCAAUCUUCUAUAAAUCUUCAAAAAUCUAGUCCUUCAAUCGGUGCACCUACUAAUGGUAGUAUAUCUAUCAUGGAAAUUAAUCAGCCCUUGUCAACUCAGACCUUCAAUAAUGAGAAAUCUAAUUCUCUUAAACCAUCUCCAAAUCCACCUCGUCGUGGACAUAUGCGUAAACGUUCUCUUUCUGCUCCUACAACUCCAUUUCCAAAUCUUACUCAACAAUCUCCGGGUUCUAUUCCUUUACAACCUGCUCAAUCAUUUCCUCUCAACUUUCCUAUGACCUUUCGCAGGCCUAAUGCGUUACCUAUUCAAAUUCAUAGAAAUCCUAAACAUUCACAUGCUAGUGCUCCUUUAUCAUCUGAAGAGUAUCAACGCAAGUUAAAUGAAGAACUUGAGAAAGUUGACUUUGAUGAUAUCACUGUUAGUGAACUCAAAGAGAUGUUACGUCAAAGAGGUAAACCCGCUACUGGAAAAAAGGCUGUAUUGAUGCAGAGACUUCAAGAGGAAGUAGAACACGUUAAAGCUAUGAAAAAUAAUAGCCAACAACUUAAAAAUCUAAUGAUGUCUUCACCCACAUCUCCAUCUAGUGGUGUAUCUUUGCAAAGAAGUAUUGCUAAUUUACAAAUAUCCAGUCCGCCCAUACAUUCUCGACGCUUUAGCCCUUAUGGUAGUGUCAGUAUUCCGGGUAGUCCAAGAAUAAUGCCCAGCGGGCUGGGUAAUGGGCGAUCUGGCUUUAACGGAAAUGUUCCUUAUACUGAAGGUGAUGAAUGGCACUUUCACAAUGUUGGAAUGGUAUCCCCACUAACGUCACAUGACCUUGAUGAUGCGGUUCAAUCUCAAGCGAUGAUGAUAAUAGGAUCGCAACAAUCUCAGGAAAUGUAUGGACAACAGCAACCUUCUUCAGCACCAGCUACUACUACUGAAUUUGAACAAGCAUUUCAACAUCAACCAUCAUCUGCCCCUCCGAUGACAACUGAAUUUACUUUAGAGUUUGAUUUUAACUCUCAACACCACUUACAAGAUGGAAAUGGAAAUGUUCUUAUAAAGUCUGAAGAUUAUCUUAAUUUUUCUCCUAUGACCUCAAUUUCUCAUCAUCAAUCUUCUCAGCAUUUACCUAUGCAAAUUGAACUUCCUCAAGAUGGAAUGACAUUUGGUGGAUGGUGA